AAAUAUUGUCCAAAAACAGAUAUUAAUCACAUAUAUUAUUAUUGUUUUUACAAGGAAUUAAAAAUGUUCUCAUUUUAUAUACUACUUGGUUUUUUAGUAUGUAAUAUACAUGCUUUUAACUAUGUUUCAAGAAAUAGUUCCUCCCAACAUUGGUUUAAAAUCGAAGGCAAGGAGUAUUUUGUAGAAGAAAGCUUUAAGGGAAAUUAUCUGACAGCUCUACACUAUUGUAAUUAUCAUAAGAUGCAAUUGGUAGCUCUUGAAAGUAAAGAAGAAAAUGAUGCAUUAUUACAACAAUUAAAGAGCACUUUAUCCAGUUAUGCUGAAUUUUGGUCAGCCGGUAGCAGACAGGCAAACGAACGUGACUGGGUCUGGAUGUCAACGGGAAGACCAAUUAAUGUAUUUGACUGGGGAACUGGAGAACCCAAUAACGAAGGAGACGAAAAAUGUAUCUCUUUAUACUAUAAAAAUUAUUCACACGGCUGGUGGAAUGAUGAAAAUUGUAAUAAUGAAAUAGCAGUUAUUUGUGAAACAAGAGAUUGUUAAGUUAACAUUAUUCGCAUUACAUGUAUCCAAAGUUUUUGUUAUUAGUGUAAUAAUUUAUCAUGAUAAAAUAAAUUAUAGAAAUAA